AUGUCUCAUCACAAAAGCAAGCAGAAAAGCAACAAAUCUGCCUUCUUUGCCAUGAAAAAACAAGUUAAAGCCGUAAUCCUGCAGGAAGGCCUAGAAGAUGGCGACCGUGAGUUGGAAGACAGCCACAACUCUUGCUCUCUACUAUCUAACACACAAAGUAAAGAGUGCCUGCUGACUACAUCCCUGCUCCAAACAAUGCUAGAUGCUCAAUCUGUAAAAUUGAUAGCCCAAUUUAGGUCCACCUUAUCGGACCUGAAGAGAGACAUCUACGACAUUGGAAGCAGAACAGCGCACCUGGAAAGCAGGACUGAUGACUAG